CCGCCAGGAAACCGGAGCGCCUGCCUUACGUAAAACGACGCGAUGUCGUAUGGAGGCGAAAUCGGGGCGUGUCGAAGCACGUCGCGUGGUGGUCGUUGGUUUUAACGCGACGGGCUGUGCCCACAAUCUAACCAAACGUGACGUAAGCGCUGUGUGUCGUAACGUCUCACACCCAGCGAUGUAAUUGUUGACCACACGUAAACUCGAUGUAAUUAAUCCAAGUGUAAAGCUGUGGCUUUGUCUUCUAUUCAACGCGAUUCAAACCGCUCUUCAUUCAACUGGCUCCCUCUGCUGGACACGCGGCGGUACUGCUAGCUCGGCGCGUCCCGAAGUGCAACACGAUCACGAUUAGCGUUUUGAAUGUUUAUAUCCGCAUCGAAGUACAUGUCUUGAGGGAGGACGCAGUCAUGGAGGCCGUUUACACCCAAGGCAUCUGGAUGGCCGAACGUCUGCAACAGAGGACGAUGAGUCAAGAAAAACUGUGGCAGUUGGUCACUCAUAUUGGAGAUCCUAAAGCAGCCUUCCUGCUCGUCUUUCCUUUCACGUAUUUCAUCAGCAAACGAGCCGGAGUGGCGGUGCUCUGGGUAGCCGCUAUUUCGGAGUGGUUAAACUUGGUGUUUAAAUGGAUGCUGUUUGGAGAACGGCCGUACUGGUGGGUAGCCGAGUCACGCCUCUUCACCAACAAGCAACCCAACAUUCACCAGUUUUCCUCCACUUGUGAAACCGGCCCAGGGAGCCCGUCGGGACACGCGAUGGUCACGGCCGCAGUCUGGUGGGUCGUGGUGUCCUCACUGGGGUCAUUCCUUUACUCACGCACUCACAGUGUGAUGCUAUCAGCGGCUCCCUACCUGCUCUACGUGGUGAUGCUGGUGGCCGUUGGAAUCUCCAGGAUCUUCAUCCUCGCACACUUCCCUCACCAGGUCAUCGCUGGCUCCAUUACGGGUUUCAUCCUGGGGAUUGUUCUGAGCCGCAGGGUCCCAGAGGGGCGCCCCCUGCUGUUCUUCUUCAGCUUAAGCGUCGGCCUGCUGCUCGGCACCGCGUCGCUGCACGCCGGACUGCGGCAGCUGGGAAUCGAUCUCUCCUGGUCCGUUGCCUUGGCCAAGAAAUGGUGCAGCCGCGCUGAGUGGGUUCGUCUGGAUUCGGCCCCGUUCUCCUCUCUGACCCGGGACUGCGGGGCCCUCCUGGGUCUGGGCCUGGCCCAGUACUGGAAGCCCGGCGGAUGGUCCCUGCCGUGGGCUCCCAGGGCUUUGUCUCUGGCCAUUUCGUCCAUGGGGCUGUACCACGUCAACCGGUUGCCGCUGCCGGUCCGACCGCAGGGACUCUUCUACGGGCUCUUCUUCGUCAAGUUUGUCAUGGUGCCUCAGGUCGUCAUGGUGCUCGUGCCCGGGCUGGUUCACCUGUUCACUCACAAGAGGAGGAAGGACUAAAGACAAUCGCUUCCUCCUUUAAGCACUUUAAAUGUCCAUUCCCAGCGUCUUAUGGUCGCGUUGAGGAUGUCGUUAGUUUCUCCACAUUCGCUGUUGUUUCUUACCAUGUGGCUGGAAAGUGUCAAAGCAAAAUGCUGGGGGUGGAAAUGACAUGUGUCUUAAGUGAGGGGAUUGUAUUUCUUUUACAGUAAAUACUGCAGAAAUAAUAAGUGUUAAAACUUUGUUUGUCCUUUUCCACUUCAAUCACAGGAAUUUAUCAGAUUUCUUGUAGUUUCGUUGGAGACUUACCUGUAAACUGAUUUUGAUGGGAAAAAGGGUGAAGUUAACCUUUGACCACAUUAGUGAAAUGGCAUUCUGUGUGAAGUUGAAGAAUUUAAAAGCUCAGAUCAAGCAUUUCUAGAGUAAAGCAGUAUAUUUUGGUCAAAACGAGGUUUAUACUUUGAAGGUCAACAAAUCGAAGUUACAAAGAUUUGUAUUCUGAAAUGAAAUGCAACAAACCCCAUUAACAGCUCGCUCUAUAUAUAUAUAUAAAUGUUUUGUGGACCACAAAUAAUCCAAAAAAUGAAAA